CCCAUUUGUUCAGUUGUGCCAGAGACACCUUCUCACACAAACCUUUGGAACUUUCACCAUGGCGAAUCCGAAAUCGAGCGGUGGCAACAAGUCCAAGGGCAAUAGACACCAACACCGGCAGUCGCAGCAAAAUUCGCAACAGCAGCACCAGUCGCAGCAGUCGCAGCAGACGCAGCUGGACCCCUCGCAGCUAUCCCAGCUGACACCCACACCGGUGGCAGCCACUGGCCUAGAACCGGCCACCGCCACGCCGCUGAAUUCGCAUCCUUCGGAGGACACUCUGGCCUUGGCCGCAGCCGUCGCCGCCUCGAUUCCAGCUGCCCCCCUGGCUCGACCCAUUCCCGAUCGCCGCUCCACCACGCCGGCGGUGGUGACCCCGACCAGCAACAGUCUGCCGGAGACCUGCGAUGCCGCCGAAAAUCUGGCCACCUCGCGGACUACAUCGGCGGCACCCGCCGCCUCCGAAAACAGACGCGGCAUCUUCCAGCGGCUCUUCGGAUGGAGCUCGUGAUGGGCACCCCUUCUCGCCAACAAAAUUCUCCGCAGACCUGGCACUUUGAUCGAUUGUUGCAUCCUUUAGAUUCUUUGCAAGCGAAAAUUUUCAAUUCAUAU